AUGGGAACCUUUUCAAAGAAGCUUAUAAUAAUUUGUUUAAUGCAUCAGAUUUUAGCCAUCCAUUUAUGGCCAUCCACCAUCUGUUUUGCCCACAAUGUCAGUGCAUUUUUCGUCUUCGGAGAUUCGCUGGUCGAAGUCGGAAACAACUAUUACAUCGACACGUUGGCGAAGCCGCAGUUUCCUAAUGGUAUCGACUUCCCAAAAGGCGCUCCGUCCGGACGAUACACGAACUCCCGUAUCAUUACCGACGUUUUAGGAGAAGAACUUGGUUUCAAAGAUUAUGCUCCCCCUUUCUUGUCACCUAAUACAAGUGGAGAUUUGAUUUUGAAGGGUGUUAACUAUGCCUCCUCUGGGGCUGGAAUUUUACAGUCCACUGGAUCAUUCAUGGGUGAACGAAUAUGUAUGGACACACAAGUGGAUUACUUUGCAAAGACUAGGCAAGACAUUAUAUCAAGAAUUGGUGCGCCGUCGGCUCAAGCAUGGCUCAGAAACUCACUCUAUUUUCUUUUAAUUGGCUCCAAUGAUAUCUUUAUGGGAGAAUCUUCAAUUCUUUAUAUGAACCAAUUUGUGGAUGAAGUAGUUUCCAAAUUCAAAUCCCAGCUCACAAGACUUUAUAACUUGGAUGCUAGGAAGAUUGCGGUGUCGAAUGCCCCGAAAGUCGGUUGCACGCCGUUCGAGAUCGACCUGCAUCUAUGCGCCAACGAUUGCGUGGCGUUGUUAAACGCACUAACCAAGUUAUACAACACUAGAUUGAAGAGUAUGCUCGAAGAUCUCACGAGAAGACUUACGGGAUCGACAUUCGUUUACGUCGAUUAUUACGCAUUAACGGAAGAUCUCGUCGACAACUAUAGAUCAUACGGAUUUGAGAACGCAGAUUAUGCUUGUUGUGAAGUGAUCGGGAGGCACGGAGGUCUGAUCCCGUGCAUAUCGCUGUCUCGAGUUUGUCCCGACCGGACGAAGUAUGUUUUCUGGGAUCCGUUCCACCCGACGGAAUCGGCCGUUUUAAUCGGAGCAAAGUAUUUAUUAGAUGGCGGGCCUAAAUAUAUUUCACCGAUCAAUAUCCGACAACUUGUUAAUUCUUGA